CAUGGAAGGUACAUAAAAAAUAGGGACUCUUUUCUUACCGAUUUCAUGAACAGGCAGCCAUAUUUAAUUUAUUAUACACCGUAGAUGGCUUCGCAAUUGUUUAACAAUUACAACAACAUCAACAAGGAUAUUGUUGUUUCAAUUAUUACACCCACAUUACACAUGAGUUAACCACAGAAACGAAUCCAUAUACCUCUCCUUACGACGACGAUGUCGGUGUUGCACCGAUUCCGAAGGAGAAGAGGAGGAUGGCAUCAAUCUCCAUUUGUCUGGAUCCUCGGAGUCGCGUGCCUCAUCGAGAUCACUCUUCAUGCCGCCCGCUUCCGAGUGCCUAUGCCACCGCGCGAACUCGAUACACCUUUCUAUGCUUCGUGCCAGGAACCCCCCGCGACACCUCCUGACACCCCGCGCGAGAAUGCUGCUAUUGUUAUGUUGGCCCGUAACGAAGAGGCUGAGAAAGCCGCCCGCUCUGUUCGCAGCCUCGAAGAACGAUUCAACAAAUGGUUUCGAUAUCCUAUAGUCUUCCUCAACGACGAGCCGUGGAGCGACGACUUCAUUCGCGCUAUCAAUGCCUCUACGAGCGCACCGACCUUCUUCGAGAACUUUCCUAAGAAUACAUGGACGUUUCCCUCUUGGAUGGACAAGGAGGCUGCGCAAACAAGCAUGAAGAAACAAGGUGACAGCGGCAUAUUAUAUGCAGGGAAGGAGACAUACCAUCAUAUGUGCAGGUUCUUCUCUGGGAGCUUCUACCAGAUCGAGGCGCUCAAGAAAUACAAAUGGUACUGGCGACUUGAACCGGACGUCGAAUUCUCUUGCUCAAUUACCUACGAUCCCUUCGUCGAAAUGGCCCGCCAUAACAAAGUAUACGGCUUCACCAUAUCCCUAUGGGAGGAGCCGCGAACCUGCCCUAGUCUCUUUAGAGAAGUCUCCGAUUGGAAAGAAAAGAAUAAUAUCCCGAGUAGCCCCCUCUGGAAGGCGGGCAUCGACCCAUCCUGGGCGCCUUGGCCAUUCCGCAGUCUUUUCAGCUGGUUUUCGCAUCGAGACCGUAAUGGAGAUAGGUGGAAUCUUUGUCACUACUGGAGUAAUUUCGAAAUCGCCGACCUUGACUUCUUCCGCGGUGUCAAGUAUCAGGACCUUUUUCAGCACCUGGAACAUACUGGUGGUUUCUACUUUGAAAGGUGGGGUGAUGCAGCAGUCCACUCCCUCGCCGUCAACAUGCUCGCGCAACCGCACCAGGUGCACCACUUCGCCGACUUCGGGUACCGCCACGAUUGGUACUACCAAUGCCCCGCCAACGCGCCAGGGGGUCAACUCCCCGAGUCGAAAGCUCUGAACGAUGUUAAAACAAGCUGGGCCCCCGAAAUCUCGGGUGGUCUGGGCUGCCGAUGCGAUUGCGACGGCCGUCGGAAUCGAAACCAUGCUACGUAUUGUUUACACAAGCUCAAGGCACCGAAUACGGCACACCGCCCUUGGUCUACUUGGGCGCUGGGCUUUCUGUUUUAGAUGAUAUACCGGAGUAAUUUUGGAUUGGAUAUUUACGAGAUAUAUACCUUUAAAAAGAGAAGAAGAUACAACGCAUAAAUAAACUUGCGGCUGUACUGGAAGCGAGCGGUAAAAGCUCCACGGUUGCAGAGACAUUCUACGAGACAGGUACAGGCACCGUACCGCGGUUUACAGAACUAUGAUGACUCCUCCCAUUGGGUGGCGGCAAUAGAUCGUAAGGAUCGCCGGGUUAGUAGUCUUAACUCAACCUAGGACUACCUUAUUACCAACUUAGCCCCUAAAUGUUAUGUACGACCGACCGAAGAUAGACGAGCGGAUUCGCUCCGGGGGUUGAAAAGGGACAUUGUAUGGGUACCGAGGCUAAAACAUCGGGGUAUUCGCAUAUGCAUAGAAUAUUGUAUAAUGAAUGAAAAGCACCCAAGCAUCACGUUUGGAGAUUUCAUAAGGAUUUACUCAUUCGAUUUAUAUGCUCGUUUUAGCACUCUCAUUGUGAGUACAGU